UGUAGUUUAAUACCAUUUAAAUGAAAAAUGGCGCAUCUUUCGCUUAAUCAAUAUCUGACCAAAGUCCAACAUGCAUUCCGAAACGGAGACGGAUUAGCGGCGGCUACGUUGUUUUCUUUCAAACAUGCUCAUGUUGCAAAUAGACGUUUGCAGUUGGAGAAACCAGAAUCCGAUUGUCAAAAUUAUUUUGACCCUCCAUAUGAUGAAUUAGUUGCAGCUCAUCUCAAAUGUUGCUGGGCUGUUGCAAACAGUGACUUCUUAAGUGCUUAUGGUUGCCAAGCACUGGUUGUCCAAGCUUGCACCAAAGCUCUACAAAGCCAGAAAGAUGAGAAUUGGUUUCUUCCAGUAAUGUUUGAAGUUUGUUUAGACCUUCGACGUUUUGCAAUCCGAGCUGAUGCUCAGACAGUAAGGAGAGGCAAAGGUCGAAGUGGUGAAAAGUUAGAGAAAGCAGCUGACCUACUGAUGGGCUGUUUCCGAGUGUGUGCCAGUGAUAGUCGAGCUGCAACAGAAGAUUCCAAGAAAUGGGGCAUGCUGAAUUUAGUGAACCAAUUAUUCAAAAUUUAUUUUAAGAUCAAUAAACUUCAUCUUUGUAAACCUCUCAUACGAGCUAUUGACAGUUCCCCAUUAAAAGAAAAAUUCAGUCUUUCUCAACUUGUGACAUACAGGUUUUUUGUGGGUCGAAAAGCAAUGUUUGACAGUGACUUUAAAGCAGCUGAAGAAUACCUUACAUUUGCCUUUGAGAGAUGUCAUAAAGAAAGCAGAGGCAACAAACGUUUGAUUCUUAUUUAUUUGCUUCCAGUGAAAAUGUUGUUGGGUUAUAUGCCUAAACGUGAUGUUUUGGAACGAUAUGAUUUGUUACAGUUUUCUGAUGUAGCCAAAGCAGUGAGUUCUGGAAAUCUUUUACUUCUUAAUGAAGCACUGCUACAGAAUGAAGCCUUUUUUAUUAAAUGUGGAAUUUAUCUAAUUUUGGAGAAACUCAAAAUCAUAACCUACCGUAAUCUUUUCAAAAAAGUUUAUUUGAUCCAAAAAAGUCACCAGCUUCCUAUUGAAUCAUUCACUACUGUUCUGAAAUUUAUGCAGGUUGAAGACAUUGACAAUGAUGAAACUGAAUGUAUUUUAGCAAAUUUAAUAAACGAGAAUAAAGUAAAAGGCUACAUCUCUCAUCAACAUCAGAAACUGGUUGUCAGUAAACAAAACCCUUUUCCUCUGUUAUCAACUGUUCUUUGAAUCAUCUUGAAAAAAAACAAAAAAAUGGAAUCUGGUGGUAUGAAGUUUUACACGCAAAAACUUUAAGACUGAAAAUCUUGUAAACAUACUUGGAUAAAACCAGCUUUAUGAAAUUCAAGGAGACAGAAACACAGGACAAAACUGCCUGAAAAAUUUGAAGGUUAUUUGCAAAGAUAAACAUUUUGACUCAAAUUGAGUUAAUUUUCAUCCAUUGUAUCAGAAAUUUAUAAUUGUUAUAUUUUUCUCUUCUUGUGCAUUUUUUUAUGGUCUAUUAAAUCUGAAAUCUUGUACAGAAAGCUGAGGUUCCAUGACUUCUUCUACUGUGUGUGGAUAUGGCUCAUAUAAGUUAUAUUUUGUUUUUUAAAUUCUACCAACUGAAGCCUUGUGAUUGAAUUCGGUAGGUGGGAGUUUCUGUCAUGUGUGAAAAUGUUUGUGCUUCCUAAAAGAGAGGUGGGAACAAGGAAAACUGAGUCUGAUGUGAAUUGUGUUUUACCAAAAUGUUGUAAAGAGAUCUGUGAGUGAACAAAUUUCAAAAUUUAACACUUAUGUAAAAAACAAAACAAAAAUCAACUGA